AUGGCGUUGCAGACGGGGGAUGAGAUCUUCUUACUGAUGGUAGUCCCGCUCAUCGCGCUCUUCUUCCUAGCCUGCCUCUGCAGCGUGUGUUUGCGACGAGAAGUGCGCGCCAACGGCCAGGGGCAUCCGCCGCCGCGGAACGAGGAGCGGCUGAGGGCCCCUGUGGUGCUGGCGCACUUCCCUUAUGCGGCGCGGGCCAGGGCGGCGGCGGCGUCGGAGCCGCCGCCGGUGUGCGCCAUCUGCCUGGACGAGCUCCGGCAGGGGCAGCUGUGCAGCGAGGUGCCGGCGUGCCGCCACAUCUUCCACGAGGGGUGCAUCCGCGCGUGGGCGAGGAAGAAGAACACCUGCCCGCUGUGCAGGGCCAGGGUCGUGCUGCCACGAGCGGCCUACGGGAUAGCGGCCGCCGAUGACAUGGUGUAG